CGUCCGGUAGCAAACGGUGUCUGUCAGUGUUCUCCUGCAGCGUCGAGAGCCGGUAUCAGUGACACACAGUUCGCCAUGCGUCUGCUAAGUUCAACCACGCUACUCCUGGUCCUCGUGGGCGUUGCCCUGGCGGUCCCUGCCAAGAGGAAGCUUGAGAAGAAGUCCAUCUCCGACAGUCUGGCACCUAAAGCCAUCGAGCCCGUCGAGCAGAGACUCGACGAACCGACCAAACUCAGCGAUGCGGCCUUAGCGGAGAUAGCUGGUGAAAGUGUUGACCGGGCCAAGAAGCAAACCACGAAGUUCUGCGUAGAAUUUCACCAGGACAAGCCGACGCAGGUAGACUGCGACGAGCUCAACAACAGGCCGAUCCCGCUGCCACCACCGGCAUCAAUACCAUCGGAACCUCAGGAGCCGGUUCCACCACCACCACCACCACCAGCUCCAGCGCCUGUCCCGCAGCAACAGCCCGAGGAAUACAAGUUCCAAGUGCCAUGCGAGCCUGAGAUGGCUGCAUUCUACGUUCAACCACCCCGUGAGAUCGUCUACGUUCCGACUGGUAACUGUGCUCCACAAGCGCCAGCACUCCUCCACGUGCCAUCCAGCAACCCAAUUUACACCGUCCAUACGAACGCUGAAUCUUCUGCUGCCCCGUCCAUCAACGUUCUUCACCUGCCUAGUGGAUCCCUUCCGAGCACCGGACACGGAGUCACUCCCACCGUCCACGUCAGCCCGUUUUCUGGGGCAGGUGGCAUCAACCCAACGGUUAUCCCACUGCACACCAAUAGUGGAGCUGGGAUCGCUCCAGCACACACACCGUCCCUCGUCCACGUCAUUCGUCCAUCGCCACUCCAGCAUCACGGAAUCCAUCACGGAGCUGUGCCACUUUACGGACCUGAAGGUCUCCACGGAACUCAUCACCUAAAUGGAAUUGAAUGCACGUGCACCAGCAGUUUAGCCAAGUCCACCGACGGAUCCUCUCAGAGAAAUGCCCAGCCCGAACAACCAGGGAGCCCGAUGAUCGCGAUGUCUGGUCAGCCAAGUAGCCCAAUGAUCAUGUCUGAACAACCAGGCAGUCCAAUGAUGAUGGUAUCCUCUGACUCGGGCAGCCCAUCCAUGGCAGGCAAAUCGAUGGAUAUGCGCUACGUGCCACUUGUUCGCCCGCUGUCGAACGUCAACCACCAUCAAGUCAUUUACCAGCAACAAGCGAUGGGAAUGCAUGGAAUGGGUGGUAUGCACGGUUACCCGAUACGCGGCUAUCCGAUGCACAGAGGCAUAUACCCUGGUAUGCUUCGCAGCAAUGCCGACUGUCUGCAGGACAGCUUCGGUAACUCGGCACAGAUUAUGCCACAGGGUCUGAGGCUCAGUCGCGAGCAGGAAGCCGAAGCUUCUGGUCAACCGGAGUAGACGGCUGAAGAAAAGCCCCACGAGGGACCUCUGUCCAGGAGCGACUUUUUCGAAGCCAUGAAGAAACAGAGCAAGGAGGGAAACAAUGAAGAGAAGAAUUAGAGCAUUGGAGAAGAAUGUCGAGAACGUCGUACUCGAUGAGAAGUAAGACAAGGGCUGGCAGUCCUUGAGUGAUUUUUGUACAACUGUUGUUAGUGUUACAAACCUCUUUUUUUAUACUUUUUAUAUCACCGCAUGCCUUAUGAAUAAAAUUAAUCAAUUUUAAUUCUA